AUGCCAAUCAGACGAAAAAUUAAAAACGUCGUAGCAAAUUAUUCAGCAGCGGAACUCCUUGUUCGGGAGGCUACCUCCAAUGAUCCUUCACUUCCUGAUGAAUACACACUACUCAAGAUUGCGGAUGCUACAAAAAUUUCUUAUUACUAUGAGGAAACCACACGGAUGAUUUUUAAACGUCUGAACGAUAAAUCUAAAAACUGGAGGCAUAUUUACAAAGCCUUGUUAGUUAUUGAAGUGUGCCUCAAAAAUGGCAGUGUAGCCUUUGUAAAGGAAUGUCAGCAUCAGGCCCAUCAGAUAACCACAUUGACUGACUUCAUGUUUCUUGGAGAAGAUGGUACAGAGGCUAGUCGCCUGGUGCGUGAACAGGCAAAGCGCGUGUCAAGGCUUUUGGCAGACAAUGAGCUACUCCACGAAGAGCGUAAAGUUGCGCGAAGUCAGCGUAACCAAAUACGCCAAGACUACGCCUAUUCUCGGCCACGAAGUUUGAGUACGUGCUCAUUUGACCAACAGCUUCCCGGAAAGGAUAGCAACGUCCAUCGAUCUUUAUCAUAUGCCAGAAACGACGCUGAGGAAGAAGAACAAAUCAAAAUGGCGAUACGCCUUAGUGUGGCUGAACUAGAUGAAAAAACCCGAAAUGCUCUGAAACAACAGACGCGUUCAGAAAACCACAAUACAACCUCCGACGUUGACACCCUACUUGACCUAAGUGAUAGCCCACCGAUGACUGAGCGGGAGAGGCGUGGCUUUGACGAUUGGUUGGCAAGUCGCAAAUGGAAAACCAAUCAACCCAGUCAAGGUGAAACUAAGGGGAUGCCUCCGGUUCCAGCCCUUACGUUAAAACAACGAGCUGAACAGCAGCAACUGCAGCAGCAUCUGAUGCAACAACAACGAGCUGAAAAGCAGCAACAGCAGCAGCAGCAGAACGGCACAAGCACAGGGGACUUGGAUUUUCUGGACUUCGUGGAGCUGUCUUUUAAACCCAAUUUUCAAUACGCCUAA